UCAAUGUUCUCAACUAUCCACUGGAUGAACUUACUUCCUCUUCUCAGUUCUUCCCCCCUCACAGCCGAGCCGCCGACGUUUGAGUCCAUGCUCGAAUCCGUUUCUUCCUCCCUCUCCUCCUUCCAAAACCACUGAUCCGUCCAACCAAACCAUAACUGGCUCAACAUCGCCGGAGACUCGGAGCCUUAAUCUUCAUCUCCUCCCAACAAAACCCUAGAAUAUGCACCCUAUUUCUAUGGCCGUUACCAUUCUCCUUCCCUUCCUGCUUCUCCUCCCCCUGACGACAGAGACACUCGUUGAAACUCUUAUCGAUCCCCUAGAUCGCCAAGAGGAUCAGCUACGUCGUCUUGAAGCUUUGAUCGAAUCGCUUUCUAAAAGCGUCUCCCUGCUUGAAUCCUCCGUCUCCUCGUUAUCUUCAUCACCGCAAUCUAUUCAUCCUAAUUCGCCGCACUUUCAGUCACAAGCUGGAGCAGUGGGAGCGGUGGGCAAGCCCAAAUCGGCUUGGUUGGAGCGGUUUCAGUUCAUGGCGGCGGCUCGGCUUGGAUCGGAAGCGGCGUGCGCCAACGCGGCGUGCCCCGCCGUUCUUCCUUACCAGGACCUUGAAGGUCUAAGCAAGUACAUCGCCGUCGGCGAUAACCGUGGUGGCGUCCAUGUCUUGACGUCCGCCGGCGACGUCCUGAUCGAACUCCCCACUCACUCCGACUCUCUUGUCACGUCCAUUCUAUCUUACCUAUCCUUCCGCCGCAACGAGAGUAUCCUCUUGACCGGUCAUGCGGACGGCUCCAUUGCAGCCCACCGCCUCUCAGAAACGGUGUCGAACGGUGAUGAUUGGGUCACCCUAUCACUUGCCAGCUCCCGGUCUUUCGCCCUCGGGUCACGGGACCUAGAUUCGCCGCCGGUGGUCGCCCUUGAGGUCCACCAGGUCGGAAGAAUCCGCUACGUGCUCGCUGCUGAUGGUGGUGGUAGGAUCAGAGUGUUCACGGAGAGUGGAACCCUGUACGGCACCGCCAUUGCUUCGAGCCGCCCACUUGCUUUCAUGCGGCAGAAGCUUCUCUUCUUGACAGAGAAUGGCGCCGGGUCGCUUGACCUCCGGUCAAUGUCCGUGAAGGAGAUCGAGUGUGAUGGAUUGAAUGGAUCUCUUGCAAAAAGCUAUACUUUUGAUGGGUCUGAGAGGUCGAAGGCGUACGGGUUCACCUCCACUGGCGACUUAAUUCAUGUGGUGCUUCUCGGGGAUGCCACCAAUCUGAAGUGCAGGGUUCGAGCUAUUAGGAAAGCUGAAAUCGAUGGCCCGGUAUCAAUUCAGACAAUCAGAGGAUACCUACUUGCUGUUAAUAAUGAGAGGGUGCUUGUUUACAACGUCUCUUCUCAGUAUUAUGGUAGGGUUGGAGCACCUCGCCCACUUUUCUCGGCUACUCUUCAGGAAAUCAGGUCGCUGUUCUCAAAUUCUGAUAUCCCAUCUGAUGGAUUUCGCAUCGAGAAUCCUUUGAUUGCCACUGAUCGUGACAAGUUGGUGAUUUUGGGGCUUCAGGAAGGAUAUAUUGGGAUAUACCGCUCAAAUUUUCCAGUUUUUAAGGCUGAGAGCAAUGCGGUGGUGUGGAGUGCUCCUGUAUUCCUUUUCAUUUUGUUUCUAAUUGGAUCAUGGCAGUUCUAUGUGAAGAAGAAGGAUUCUUUGGGUUGGGCUGUGGAGGAAACAUUUGACAAUGCAUCUGGCACAGCUAAAGAGAACAUUUUGGGUCCAGGGUCGAGUGAUAGAGCUUUUGGUGAUGGCCAGAGACCCACGGACUUGAGGGAUCUCAGAGUUGGUGGGCGAAGAGGUCCAGCUCGAAGGUAUGUAUCGCCUCAGCCUUACACUGGAACUACUGGGGUUUCCUUUAGGCCUACUUCUGCAGAUCCUGGAUUUAGAGGGCCUACAGAUUUGAAUUAUCGGGGGCCAAAUACUGAACCACCUGGUUUUCCCAAAAGGAGAGAACCUUUGUUUCAAAACACCCAAGUUGUGGAUGAACACAUCGAAUGAGGUUCUGCUAGCUCUAGGGCUGCUUGUUCUACUUUUCGGCAGCAAAACUGCAUCAAAUUCAUGAAAUUCUGAUGCUUUUCAAUAUGCUUCAAGUUCUUUGAGAAUUUCAGGUUUAUACACGGAUAUGGCAGCAUGUAAGUUUGUAGUAUGUUUCAAGUGAACAUUAUUAAUGAAAUACUCUGGUAAGAUAUCUUUUUGAUUAAUUUU